AUGCAUCACGUAUGUUUGUUAGGACCAACAAUUCUCUCUUUUCUGCUCACAGGUGUGACUGGAGAGACUCAUGUGUUCAGUAGUUCAGGUGAAAAUGUCACUCUGCCCUGUAAUAAUGAUCUUUCUGACUGCACCUCAACUACAUGGGACUACAGCAAACAUAGAUCAUCAGUUACAGUAGAACUGGUUAAUGGAGGAAUAAAGAAGAUAAACGUAAAAAGAGCUGAGAGACUGAGUCUGGGGUCUGACUGCUCUCUGAACAUCUAUAAAACAACAAAAGAAGAUCGUGGACAAUACACCUGCAGACAAUAUGUGAAUAGACAAACACAUACUGAUGCACAGAUUUUUCUACAUGUUCUUCAUGUUUCUCUAUCAUCCAUACAAACUGAAAUGAGAUCAGGCAGCUCUGUGACUCUCACCUGUCAGCUGUUUACAUAUGGUAACCAUUGUGAUGGUUUGGUCCAUAUUGAGGGAAUUCAGCUGUUCUGGGUGAAUCAGGCUGAUGUUAAUUUACAGACAGACUCCAGAUAUCAGAUAUUAUCACCAGGCAAAUGUAUCAUUACUCUGACUACAACACUCCUGAAUGAAGACAACAACAGGAAGUGGAGAUGCCUGGUUAAAAAGAAAAAUGAUAUUAAAACCUCAGCCAGCUAUACUGUCAAGUUUAAAGGUAAGAAAUCUAAAUUUUACUAA